AUGCGUUUUACAACAGCCAUUUCCCUUAUCUUAGGCCUCGGGGCUCGUAUCUCCUUUAAUAAGUUCGUCACCGUCCGCGAUCCCCCCACCGUCGAAGACCAUGUCCUCAGUGGCCUCUGGCAGGGCGUCGCCCUCUACUAUUUCAUCAUGGAGUUCCAUUACCUUGCCUUGGGUGUCGCCUUCGCCAUGGUCGGCCGUCUGGUGAUGAAUUUUAUGGCCACACAUAACACGACCGAAUGCGCCUGUACCAUCCUCGGUGUGGCCCUGGGCAUUUUGUUCACGGAUUUAUUAUCACAAGUUCUGGAGGACAACACUACCGCACAACAUAGAGUCUCACGAUACGAAGGAUCCGCUGUUGAUUACCCUUCCCCUCGCCAACGGCUGGUCCAAUUUCGGCGAGCCUCGAGCGUCGAACGCGAGCAGCAUCACGUCCGCCGUCGGCGCGAAUUCUUGGAGUCGACGCCCUCGACCACGACAGCUAGUACCAACACGUGGGAGUCUAUAUCGGACUGGGUGGAUCCUGGUCAUACGAUGACGCCCCUGGAGCGCGAGAUCGCAGCACUGAGGAAGAAGGCGUCGUUGGCGGAUAGCGAGCGUCGCCGGUUCAGGGAAGAAAAGAAGUGGGCGCUGUCUCAGGGGAACAGAGCUCGAGCGAAUCAGAUGGGAUGGCAGGUCAAACGCUACUCUGCGUUGAUGCAGAGCUUUCAUAGAGAAGCAGAUCUCAGACUACUCGAAGCGAACGCCAUCGUCAAGAGAUAG